GCGCGGGGACGCGCGCGGCGGAGGGAGGGAGCCGGGAGGCCGCGGAGUAGUAAGCGCCGCCAUAUUAGGGACCGCGGAGCCCCGGAUCCCGUCUGCGGCGGCGGACCAGACGGAGGUGCAGGGGCCGAAGGAGGUUGCGGCGCGGCUCCGGGACAGGCAGGGCCGGCGGGAGUCAGCGGGCGACGGGACCGAGCCAGCUGUGGAUAGUAGUUUUUGAACAGCCGGAGAUGUUCGUGCGAACGGAAUUCGAGAAGUGGAAGUGACCCCCGUUGGAGAAGUACAGUAACCACCGGGCGCCGCGCGGCUUCCUUCCUCCGUCCCUCCUGGCCCAGCCCUCUCCAGUCGUCCCUGUCUCCUGCCGCAGCCGCAGGCUGGGUGCCGGGCGCCAGGCUGCUCCUCCCAGCUUCUCCUGCCCGGACUGCGGCCCAGGACCUGCUGUACCCGCCCAGGGCUGACCUUGGCUGUUGGGCCCGGCCCUGCCCACCCCGCCCCGCCAUGGACCAGGACUACGAGCGGCGGCUGCUGCGGCAAAUCGUCAUCCAGAAUGAAAACACCAUGCCGUGCGUCGCGGAGAUGCGGCGGACGCUGACCCCAGCCAACUCCCCGGUGUCCUCGCCCAGCAAGCACGGCGACCGCUUCAUCCCCUCGCGGGCCGGCGCCAACUGGAGCGUGAACUUCCACCGCAUCAAUGAGAACGAGAAGUCGCCCAGCCAGAACCGCAAAGCCAAGGACGCCACUUCGGAUAACGGCAAAGACGGCCUGGCCUACUCAGCCCUGCUGAAGAACGAGCUGCUGGGCGCCGGCAUCGAGAAGGUGCAGGACCCACAAACGGAGGACCGGAGACUGCAGCCGUCCACGCCCGAGAAGAAGGGGCUCUUCACGUACUCGCUCAGCACCAAGCGCGCCAGCCCGGACGACGGCAACGACGUGUCUCCGUACUCCUUGUCACCCGUCAGCAACAAGAGUCAGAAGCUGCUGCGGUCUCCGCGCAAGCCCACGCGCAAGAUCUCCAAGAUCCCCUUCAAAGUCCUGGAUGCGCCCGAGCUGCAGGACGACUUCUACCUCAACCUGGUGGACUGGUCGUCGCUCAACGUGCUCAGCGUGGGGCUGGGGACCUGCGUGUACCUGUGGAGCGCGUGCACCAGCCAGGUGACCCGGCUCUGUGACCUCUCUGUGGAAGGGGACUCAGUGACCUCCGUGGGCUGGUCUGAGCGGGGCAACCUGGUUGCCGUCGGCACACACAAGGGCUUCGUGCAGAUCUGGGACGCAGCGGCGGGGAAGAAGCUCUCAGUGUUGGAGGGCCACACAGCACGCGUCGGGGCGCUCGCCUGGAACGCUGACCAGCUCUCGUCGGGCAGCCGCGACCGCAUGAUCCUGCAGCGGGACAUCCGCACGCCACCCCUGCAGUCUGAGCGGCGGCUGCAGGGCCACCGGCAGGAGGUGUGCGGGCUCAAGUGGUCCACGGACCACCAGCUCCUCGCCUCAGGGGGCAACGACAACAAGCUGCUGGUGUGGAACCACUCGAGCCUCAGCCCCGUGCAGCAGUACACGGAGCACCUGGCUGCCGUCAAGGCCAUCGCCUGGUCCCCGCACCAGCACGGGCUGCUGGCAUCAGGCGGUGGCACCGCUGACCGCUGCAUCCGCUUCUGGAACACACUCACGGGGCAGCCGCUGCAGUGCAUCGACACAGGCUCCCAGGUGUGCAACCUGGCCUGGUCCAAGCACGCCAACGAGCUGGUGAGCACCCACGGCUACUCCCAGAACCAGAUCCUCGUGUGGAAGUACCCGUCCCUCACGCAGGUGGCCAAGCUCACCGGCCACUCCUACCGCGUCCUCUACCUGGCGAUGUCCCCUGACGGGGAGGCCAUCGUCACCGGGGCCGGAGACGAAACCCUGAGGUUCUGGAACGUCUUCAGCAAAACCCGCUCAACCAAGGUAAAGUGGGAGUCCGUGUCGGUGCUCAACCUCUUCACCCGGAUCCGGUAGACCCGGCCUGGGGCCGCCGCGCGCUGUCCCCAGGCGGAGACCAGCCCCCAGCCGCAAGGCUGUGGUGUCCCCUCCGUCCCGGAGGCGGUGGGAAAGGGGCGCUGGGCCAGGCCAGGAGGCUCAUUAAACACCUGCUCGCAGCCCCGUCCGGUGUCUGGGCGGGACUCGGGCCCUCAGAUGCUCAGGCCCCCGGUCCCCAGGCCGCUGCGUCAGACUGGACACCACCGGACCCCGUGUGUCCCGCGCCGGGGCUGCAUGUGCUUCUGAAAGCUCCCAAAGGACGAUGGCAGCGUGCGCUGGGACAGCACGGGGCCGCAUGACCACCCAGGAACAUCGCCACGUGACCUUGUCCCCCGCCUGCGGCCUGUGCCCAGUGUGUCCCCGCCCCUCACCCUGAGGCUCUGGCUGCCUGUGGAGCGAGGGCUGCUGUGGACCCCAUGGGCAGCUGACCCACGGUGGCCGCUCGUACCCCCAGCUCCCGCCUGUCCCUGCCUCCACCUCAGGAAGCCAGGAGGGACAGAGGGGGCGCCCUGGGCUCCUACCCCGCAGCAGGAGGCCUUGCGGGCAGCACUGCCCGGCCCGCACGUGUGUGCAUGUGUAUAUACGUAUUCGUGACUCAGACCCUGUCUGUUCUGUUGCCGUGUCCCCAGAUGUCGCGCCCCAGCCAGCCAGUGCCCCCGCCCACCCAGAGGUAGUGGCGGGGGUGUCGCACUGCCCGUGGCCGGUUGGCCCUCCCUGUGUCCCUGCCACCCGCUGCUGCGUGGACAUUGAAGCCUGUGUCUCCACUGUCACUGUCACUGUCUUGGCUUUAUUUGUGUUUGCUUUGUUCUUUGAAUAAGAAAAGGAGCCCUGUGUGUCCCUGUCACCACCCCAGCUGCCUGAGGGCAGUGCCCGCCUGGCAGCCCAGGCCAGGGAGCUGGCACAGGACACGGCCACCGCCUUUGUCGUGGAAUGCAGCGUCGCCGUCACUGAUCGGGCUGUGACUUGUGUAGGAAGGAGGCCGGCUGUGGGGGUCCUCGUCCACCCGAGCCAUCCUUGAGCAGGGGCUGGGAGGGGCAGGAAAGCGGGCACAGGACGUGAGGGAGGGUUUGGGGACCAGGAGAAGACUCCGGGCCCUGGGAACUGCACUGCCUCGAGUUGAGAGUGGCUGAGGCUGGGUGCCCAGGACAGGGAACCUUGGGCCACCCUUGAAGCAGCUGUUGUGCUAAGGGAAAGACGACAGGAGAUGGGGAGGAGGUGGCCCAGGCUCUGCUGGCAGCCAGGAGGGACUGCGUGGACUUAGGGCACAGGUGGGGGACUGCGGAGGCCGGUGAGGAGCAGCACUGGGGACGUGUGGGGCCAGGUGUGAGGGAUGCUCGGGCCAUGGGGGCCGGGAAGGGCAGCUUGAUCAGCUGCAGCAGGUGGCUGUGCAAAGGCCCUGGGGCAGGGUGGAGCCAGCAGGGCAGCAGUGGCAAGGAAGCCAAGAGAGGACAGAGGGAGGAGGGGGCAGCAGGCGAGCCUGGGUGGGAGGUGGCGAGGGCAGCACCAGCUGCGGACAAGCUGGCGGUGGCAGGUGAGGCAGAGGCCAGGCACAAGCCUGGAUCUGGUGGCACAGGAUGGGUGGGUGUGAGGUGUUCGCCGGGUUUGGCUUUGCUUACAUUUUGUUUUGUUUGUACCGGGACUCGAACUCGGGACCUCCCGCCUACCCGGCAGGUCCUGCCCUCUAAGCUAAGUCCGGCCCCCUGCUUACGUUUUUUGUGGUGAAAUAAACAACACUGCCGUGAAACGCA